UUAUGUGAUUCUAAUGCCUGCUUUUGAAGUUCCACGCAGGCAACGUUAGGAAAAUAGCAAAAACGAAAUAUUAAUGAAUUGGGGAUUUGAAAAGACGGGAAGUAAAGCCUAAUUCAUGACGUAAAAGUGGAUAUUGCGCAGAUGACAUUUCACUGAAAUAACUGUUAAAACUCCUAGAAAAGUGACGACUACAGAAAUCCARGAAAGCUUCAAAUUAUUGGAAAUUUAGCAGUACACUACUUUUGAUACUUGCUUCGAUCUCCCGGGUAUUUAAUUUGCCAUUCAACCCUGACUCGUGUUCAUUCAGAAGUAAGUUGGAGAAAAGCCAUUGAAUUCUGAUGAGUUCAAUUACCAGYCAUGACGAAAGCGAGAACACACAUCUGUGUAUGUCUUCUGGUUGUUCUUGUUUUAAAAUCUUCAUAUUACGGUGUUUCGCAAAGCGAUAAAGAAAUCAAAAUUGGUGUUCUUCUUCCUAUGACGGGCUACUGGCCAAUUGGGACUCGUAUCGCGGGCUCAAUUCCCCUGGCAAUCGAUGACAUUAUGUCCAGCCCCUCUCUUCUCUCCGGRUACAACAUCAGCUUCAGCAUYCAYAAAAGUGAUUGCAUCACUGAAAAGGGGAUUCAAGGAAUGGUGGAGUAUAAAGACAUGGACGUUAUCAUUGGACCAGGAUGCUCUUCGGUCGCAGAGCCUGUUGCACUUCUGUGCAAGAUUUGGAACAAGCCUAUMAUCUCAUUUGCCGCCUCCUCGUCUAAAUUUACAAAUAAGAAGACAUUCUCUACCAUGGCGACGGUCACGGCGUACGGAAGGAAAAACGUCGUCUAUACAACGACUUUCGUGACAAAAAUGAUGAAGGUUUUCAAUUGGACAGUGUGUGGUAUUCUUASCUCGUCGGCGUCGGAAUGGAUAAAUCUCGCCACUGAGGUGAACAAGCAACUCUUUAAAAACACAACGACCAAGAUUCCUCUCUUUGAGACAUUCUACUCCAACACAAAAAAAGAAAUCUUACUAGUGAAAGCGAAAGAACGAGUCAGAGUGAUACUAUUGCUAGCUUACAUCAAGGAUAUCACAGAAUUCAUGACGAUCGCCAAAAGACUGAAAAUGACGGACGGCGAAUUCGCUUUUGUUACCAUCGACCUCAAGACAGAUCAAUUUUAUACAAACGGCAAGUGGACUGGGUACGAGGGACCUGGAACACAGUAUGCCCCAGUGCUCAAUGGUAUACUAGAUUUAAGCGUCGAAAGGCCUGUUUUAAGCGAGUCGUUUCAGGACCGUUAUAAGAAGAAGAUCUCUUCGUURCCUAGUGAUAUACGAGCUCUCUUAAUACCAAAUAUAUCGUGGUAUGCGUCGUUUCUUUACGACUCGAUAUGGCUGGCCGGAAGAGCGUUCAAUGCUUCAAUUAYACAAGGCUACAACAUCACUAAUACCGAGUCUGUGGUUAAAAACAUCUUUGAUAACAGUUUUACAGGACAAUCUGGUAGAGUCCUCAUUAGUAACGGUAGUAGAGUCCCGAAUUUCGUCCUCGGCAAUAUACAACAAGGACGGUACAUCAACAGAAAGCGUCAUUUGAACAAGGAGACGAUGUACAAAGCUUGGUUAAUAGAUCACAAUAACUUGAUAAUAACUCACGAGGACGAUCAUCUGAGCCCACAAAAAUCACGGAUUAGAUUCUCCAAGACCAAUUCAAUUGACCAUUUAAGCUCUGCGAGUAAAGGUGAUAAGCACUUAAAACCUUCCUCUAGUGCAAGAUUCAACACUGCCCUUUACAAGGGUAAAACAGUUUAUGUUAAGCAUCUAAGACACGAAAUACUUGUAACAAGUCAAGUAAAGACUGAUAUCCGACAGGCGUGUGAGUUGAGRCACGUGAAUAUCAACCCGUACAUCGGCGUAUGUCUCGCUCCAUUAGACGACUAUGUUAUCUCUGAAUACUGCACCAAAGGACGAUUACAGGAUAUUCUGUAUGACGAGUAUCUGAACUUGGACUGGAACUUCAAGAUGUCAUUUUCCAUGGAUAUUGCACGGGGAAUGGAAGAACUUCAAAAGAGCCCGAUCAAUUACCAUGGUAACUUGAAAUCAACAAACAUAGUGGUGGAUAGCUACUGGAUUUGCAAAGUUGCGGACUUUGGACUUGGCAGUUUGAGGACUCCAGAAAGCAAUGUAUCAGACUUAGAGAUGCAAGGAAUAUUCUCUGAAUUGCUCUGGACUGCGCCUGAACAGCUGCGGCAAACCGCUGACCAAGAGCAAUGCCAGGCAAGUGAUGUUCCUUCAAUAUAGUCGACAACAUGCUAAGCAUGAUGGGUAAGUACACCAACAACCUCGAGUCCCUCGUCAAAGAGCGAACCAAGCAGCUUGAGACGGAAAAAGCUAAAACUGAUGAGCUAUUAUACAGCAUGAUACCGAGGAGUAUUGCAGACAAGCUGAAAGCCGGCUCCCAGAUGAAAGCAGAAAGCUACGACCACGUGACCGUCUUCUUCAGUGAAGUCGUUGACUUUACAGGAAUAGCAGACUUAAGCACACCAAGACAGCUUAUUAACCUCUUAAAUGAUUUAUAUGCACUCUACGAAACUGUUAUUGCACGGUAUGACGUGUUCAAGAUGAUGACUGUGUGCGACUCGUUUAUGGUUAUUUCCGGUCUGCCAGAAAGAAACGGCAAGCAACACGCAGCUGAAAUAGCAUCRAUGGCUCUUCAUCUUUUAUUCUACUUUAAAGAUUUUAAGAUUCAACAUUUACCGUACGAAACACUGCUGUUUAAAAUGGCGAUACAUACAGGACCAUGUGUAGCUGGUGUGGUUGGAUUAAAAACUCCUCGAUUCGAUAUUUUUGGGAAYACGGUGACGAUAGCGAAAGAACUYGUAGAAACCUGCCAACCUCAAACAAUCCAUAUGAGCGAGAGGUGUAAAGAAUUUCUUAAGGAAAUCGGAGGAUUUAAGUACAAACCUCGAGAUGACCGACUGRUGAUGAAGGGUGGGUGCGAGAAGAUAACCUAYUUUUUGACCGGGAAAAUCAACGGAAUUACUCUUGAAGCUGAWGAUKGUUGAAAAAUCACAAGUARCGCAAAAUUAAAGUGUCACACAUUUUGCCGUUGCUACGKUAACAUUCAUUUGUAGUACCGYUAUUAUAAGAUGUCACGCAAAAAGCUUUUAUAUACGUGUUUCUCGUGUUACAUCGGGUGACACAGCUAUUUAGAUAAAAAGUAGCUAAAAUGCUUAUUAUAAAUCUUAUAUUUUAAGAAUACUAACAACUCAAAUAAUAUGAGAACAAUAAUUAUAAACUCCUUGCUAAACUACAACGUGACUCGUCGUAUUGCGUGACUCAAACAAAAGUAACGUAAGAUAGCAUUCAUACAAGUAAUAUUAAUUGUAAAUUGUAGAUUUUUCUUGUUCCAUUCAGAUACAUUUCCUAAACUUCAAAAGAAAUUAAUUUUGUAAUGAAAAACGAUAACCUGUAAAUAUCAAUAAACUCUUG